AUAAGUUACUACUUCCACGCUAAACAAGUCCCCAGAACGGACUCCAGGAUGCGCCAACUUGUCGCGUUGGCGUACACUAUGUUACCAAUAGAAUCCCUCUACCCCAGGGCAGUCUUUGUUCGGAGCGAAGUUCACUCAACGACGACCAUUAACGGGAGACGUCAGAAGGAUCCCAGGGGAGAUCACGUCACGUUCAGCUACAAGACGCAGGACCAUUUGGGUCGCGAGACUCAUGUCGCCUGCCAUGGCUAUGUCAAGGAUCCCGAUACGCUGGAAUUCAAGGAGGCGACCCAUGCAGCUGAGAAGCCUGACUCCACCAUGAAACGGAACAACAAGCCAAUUUGGCCGGAUGAUGAGGACCUCUGGGAGGCCCCAGAUGUAGGUUAUGGACACAUGUCUUGA